AUGCUCCGUGGACUGGGUCAGUGGCUGUGCCGAAUCUGUGGAGCGCCGACUCUCCAGUCCUUGCAGCACUUCCUGAAUGACGGGGAGGUGGUGAGCGCUUGGGCUGUGGCCGAGGAGCUCCUUCGGUCCCAGAGCACGAGCCUAAAAUCCGCGGAGGCGGUGGCCUCCUUGGCCGUGGCCGCGGCCGCCACCGGGCGCCUGGAGAGGGCAGCGCAGCUCCUGGAGGUUUUGGACACGCCGGAUUUGCUCCAAGGUUCAGCCCAGGAGCUCGCUGGGGUCCACUCCGUGCGUGACCGGAUCCUGGAGCUUCUCGCGCAAAGUCGCGGGGAGGGAGCGCUCUUCGGAGGCGAGAAUUUGGGCGUGGACCCUGCCCCGAAAUUGCAGGUUCCGGAGACUUGGUGUUGGGUUGCACAACUUCCACCUGUGGCAGAGUUUGUGGGUCCUCUGGAGAUCAGGUGGAACGAAGGUUGCGAACGCGGGCUUUUCGCCACCCGCCACAUCUUCCCGAGGGAGGUGCUCUUGCUUGCACGGCCUUUGGCCGUGCACUCUGGCGUCUGGGCCUACUCCACAGCCGAGCUGGUCGAGCAACUGCUGGAUGCGUGCAGAAACUCUGCGCGCACCCGGUGCCAGCUGCAAUGCCUGACGGAUGGUUGGGCGUCACGGGCUCCUCCCACCUUGGCGGUUGCUUCGCACGCGCUGUGGCCGCAGCCGGAUUCCCAGCCAAUGGAGUCGCUGGGAAGCUUCCUCACAAGGGAGGCGCUUGUCAACGUGGUGGACCGGAAUUCCUUCCACGUGAAUUCAAAGACCGCCAUCUACGGGCUUCCGUCCAUGAUCAACCACAGUUGCGGCAGCGUGAAUGCCAGUGCAAACAUCCUGGACCCCCUGGGUGAUGCCAUCCUCUUCCGGGCGGAGACGGAGAUCGCGGCAGGCUCCGAGAUCUUCUUCCCUUAUUUUAAGGUGAGUGGCUCACUCCAUCGCCGGCGCGAGCGCUCGCAGGCGAUGGGCUUUUCCUGCCGCUGUGAACGAUGUGCCUUUGAAGCGGACACUCUGCCAGGAACCAAUGCUGCGGCGGCCUCCAAAGCUGCGAUGGACGCCUUCGAAAGCCAGCUACGGGAUCAGAUGGCGGAUCUCCGUGACCGGCCCGAAGAGGCCGGUUCCCAUUGCAUGCCGCUCCUCCAGGAGAUCCUGAGCCACACGCGCCGUAUGGCGCUGGCCAUGGACCACUCUUGGCGAGAACGUGAAGUUGCUUGGUAUUUGCACCUGGCACUGCCUUUGUACUGGUGCGGCGUUUGGUGCUGCACUCAGGUGUGGCAGUACGAGCUUCUGCUGAAGGCAGGAGAGAUGAGCGUUUCAGCUCUUCUGCAGGAGGGAGAUCCGAGCUUGUCCAAGUGCGCCGUGACACUCGUGGCGGCGCGCUGCGAGCUGCUGCUCCAGAUGGUGCUUGCUUGGGAGCACACCGACCGGCACAGCUACGACCACCUGAAGUGCUGCUACAUGUUGUACCUGGCCUUCAUGGAGAUGUGUAAGCUCCCGCUGUCCAGCAACCACUACUGGGUUCCCUUGGUGCAGCAGGAGGUACCGCUCUGGCGGCUGGAGGAGCGCCCUCAGCACGCCAAGCACGCGACCAGCACCGAGCUCUACGCAACAAGCAGGCUGCGUUGCGAGACGGCUUUUUGCGAGAAGUUCGGUGUCGGCAGCGACUACCUUUGCCUUGGUGGAACCCAGUGCCGCGUUACCGCUUUGAUGAGGACGCUACACCCGUGA